GCAGUACGCUGCUGUAACCCCGCCGCAGAGGUUAAAGGUCCCCGCAGUGAAACAUGGUUGAGCACGGAGCUAUCCGCGUGGUUCACCGAGGAGGCAGUAAAAUAACCAGCAGACAGCCUGAAAUCAGCAGCGACUGCAGGUUCCUGCUGUGCGCCUCGGGAGAGUGUGUGAAGGUGUUCAGCGCCUCCACAGAGGAGUGUAUCCACGACCUGCGCGGACACACAGAGCUGGUGACAGGUGUGCUGCUCAGACCCUCCAACCACCUGCAGGUCUACUCUUGCUCAGCAGAUGGCACUGUCAGACUUUGGGACUUCACAGACGGCAUCCUCAUCAAAACAUACGUCAUCGGAUACCCAAUUUAUUCCAUCUACGCAUCUGCAAACCAUGAAGGAGUCAUCUUUCUCGUUACUCCCGCGCAGAGCGACAAAAGAUCUGAAUAUAUUGCUUCAGCUAAAGGGCUGCAGCUGGAGGUCUACUUCUUCAAGAAACAGAAGACAUACAGAUUUCCCCUCAAAGAAGACAACAAGAAGGGAGGCAAGAACACGUUCACGUGUGUUGCCUGUCACCCAAAAGAUGACUGCAUCGCCACUGGACACGAGGAUGGAAAGAUUCGCUUGUGGAGAAACUUCAACCACAAGAAGGAGUACACGUACUCCACCCUGCACUGGCACCACAGUGCCGUCAGCUCUCUGUGCUUCACCCCAGAAGGCACCAACCUGCUGAGCGGAGGCCUGGAGUCGGUGCUCGUCCAGUGGCGAUACAACCAAGAGAGCCAGAAAGACUUCCUGCCCCGCCUGGGCGCUGCCAUCACACACAUCGCCGUCUCACCUGAUGGAGCGCUGUUCUGUACCUCACACAGUGACAACAAGAUCACAAUCAUCCAGAGCUGUGUUAAAGUGUCGGCUGUUAUUCAGGGCCUGGUCAAAGGAGAAAGUGUCAGGACAGACCUGAUGAUGGACCCACGCAGCAAAUCCCUGGUGCUGAAUGGGAAACCGGGUCACCUGCAGUUUUACUCCCUCCAAAGAGACAAACUGCUGUACAACCUGGACAUAGUGCAGCAGGAGUAUAUUCAUGAGUCGGGCCUGCAGCAGUUUGAGGUGGUCAAGGCGGCCUUCAAUGCAUCUGGCAACUGGCUGGCAACAGUGGAAGAAAGAAAACAGAAAGCCGCUGAGCUGGAGCUGAACCUGAAACUGUGGGCAUACGAUGAACAAACACAAAGUUUUGUGCUGAACACGACCAUCUCGGCCCCACACGAGGCCCAGAUUACAGCCAUGUGCUUUUGCCACGCCACCGACAGCCAGACCACCAUGCUGGUCUCCAGCAGCAAGGACGGGCACUUCAAAGCCUGGCAGCUGGCUGCACAGGCCCACACAGAGGAUGAAGGUCCUUCCUGGUCGUGUGAUUUCGUCGGCGCCUAUCACGGCCUGGUGCCCGAGUGCUGCUGUUUCUCAGCCGAUGGUUCUCUGCUGGCCGUCAGCUUUCAGGAGGUGGUGACGGUGUGGAGCCCGGCCUCCUGGGAGCUCCUGACAACUCUGUCCCAGCCGCCAGGAGCCAUCAGGGAUCUUUGUUUUGGGCGACUGAGCUGUUCCAAGUAUCUGCUGGGAACCUCGGCCAACAACCUGCUCUGCUGCUGGAACCUCCUCACCUGCUCAUUGGAGUGGAGCACCUCGAUGGACGUCAGCCUGCUGCUUGCCGACCCCCUCUCUGAGAACAUGGCUGCCUUCUGCUGCCAGGCUGACUGCACCGACUUGUUUGUGUUUAAGCCCAGCGAGCCUCGGCCGCUGUUUUCCCGUAAGCAGGUGUGCUCGGGGAAGGUGACUCGCGCCGUCUUUGCCCCGAGGGAGGAGAUGCUGGAGAGCUGCGAGGAGAGCAGCCAGUGGCUCAACCACUCCCAGCUGUACUUCCUCACUCAGUACAUGGAUCUCAUGACAUUCACCACCAAGGCGGAGGAAGACCGACUGAUGGCGUCCAGCAAACAGCUUGUGAUCGAUGACAGCGUUGCCAUGACACCGUUCUACCUGUUGCUGGGGAAACAUCGGCAAGAGCAAGAGGAAAAUCAGGACUCGCUGAGCGGCGUGUCUGCUGAGAGGACACCUCUGCCACAGGGCUCUGUCGCUGUCAGAGAGCUUCUGCAGACGCCGGCCCACGUCUUGCCCUCGACCUCUUACCUCUGCUCAAUGUUUGUGCAGUCUCUGCUCAUCUCCGUUACUGACACCAGGGAGGAAAAUAAACACACAGAGGAGGAAAUGGAGAGCGAGAAAGAGGAAGAGGAUUCAGAGGGGGAAAUGGAAUCCAGCACGAGACCGGAGGAGUCGCUGGGAAGCCAGGCAACGGAGUCUGCAGCCCCCGCUCUGACAAAAGAACAGGCUAGGGAACUGAGGAGGGUGAAGAAACUGGACCACAGCUGGCUCGCAGGCCUCCUGGACUCUUGAACAUGACCAUGUACAAAGACAGACACACACAGAUACACUGCCCAUAGGUUUUCACCAAUUCAGUGGAUUUCUUUUGUUUUACACCAUGAAAUAGUGGAUUUCUUCUAGAAAUCAGAAAACAAAUACAUUUCUAUGCACAAAAACAAGUAUUUGAUUGCAUACGUAUCCACCCUUUGGCAGCAGUUGCAGCCUUGAGUCAAUGUUGACAAGUUUGUAUCAGUUUCCAAGUCUUACAACAAAGUCUGGUUUGAAUUCAUAUCUGGAUUCGGACUCAACCACUCCAGAAUAUUAACAGUAUUGUUUCUCAGCCUUUCCUCUGUAGCUUUGGCUGUAUGUUUGUGAUUGUUGGAAAAUAAAUCUCUUCAGUCAGUUUUCCUGCAGACUGCAGCAGGUUUUCCUCCAGGAUGUCUUUUCUGCAGUUCUGAGGCCUUAAUCACCAAAUUUGCCGCAUGCAAGCUGCGAGAUAAUUAGAUAAUUUCUCCCUUAUCAUCUUUUCACACUGUACAUGCAGUUCAUGCACGACCUGUCAUGCACAAACAUGCAAACAGCAACUUGGAAGCAACAUUUUCACUUGCUCCCUUCACCAGACUCCCAGUUCCUCCCAUCCGUCCCCACAAUGCUUGGCUGACCUCACGCAGGUCCAGUCUUUCGUUUACACCGAUAAUCAAAUAGCUCACUUUUAGACUUUAUUUCACCUCAGUUCCUCUCCAUGCCUGCUGGUAAUCACGAGCUGGGGACUGAAUAACAGAACAGAGGAUUAUCGAGUGCUUAAAUGUUUCUCGUAUCCGCCUUCUUAUAUUUUCUCCCUCAUUGAGAAUCACUUGUUUUUAUGGUGUAGUUUUUGACAGGAUAUUAAAUAAAACCUGGAUCUUCCACUUAAAGCAAAUGGUUGCACCAGUGCUGAUUUAAUAUGUCACAGUAAAGAGAUGAAAUACUUAUGCAAUCAUUUAAGUUUGUAGGGGCUUUUUCUUUCAACUUGCACAUUAAAGUAUUUGUGUUUUUGUUUUUUUUCAGUGUAAAACAAAAAAAAGAACUAAUCACAUCCACUGUGAUUCAAUGUUAAAAGAUAAAAGACUCCACAGGUGGGGUAAAAACUACAGGCUGUAUCAUGCACAUACACAGUAUAGUGCAAUUAUUAGACAUUUUUCUAUAUUUUGAAUUUUAAUAAAGAAGUCUUUCUUUAAGC